AUGGCAAACAUCAGCGGAUGGCUUUUUGUUCUUGAUAAGCUUGCUGCCUCUGAACUUAUAACCUUUGACCUUCAGGUCGUGAUCUCCUAUCUCCCACUCUCCCACAUGUUCGAACAAGUGGCCCAUUGGGCGAAUCUCACGCUUGGAGCCAGCAUCGGUUAUUUCAGUGGAAGCAUACCGCAUCUACUGGACGACAUCAAUGCACUCCGACCAACAGCGUUCCCCGUGGUUCCUCGGUUACUCAACAGAUUCUACGACGCCAUACAGAGCAAGGUUCGAAACGGUGGUCUCCUUAAACGAUUGGUUUACAAUCUCGCGUAUUCAAAGAAACUUGCCCUUUUGAAGAAAGGUAUCACACGAGGGACAGCAUCUGGGACAAAUUGGUGUUCAACAAAGUUCAGGCAACGAUCGGCGGUCGAGUCAAUACAAUGGUCACCGGUUCAGCACCUAUUUCAGCUGAAGUUCUCGAGACAUGUCGCAUCGCAAUGGGUGUCACGAUUGUAG